AUGAAGACGUCACUUGCCCUCUCGAUCGGCCUCUGCCUCCGGCAAGUCAUGGCCAAUAUCCCCGUCAAUUACAAAGUUGACUUAUCCUGUGACGCUUCUCUUCCUGGCUCGGUUGCAUGUUUGAGCGGCAUGUCCUGCGCCGAUGAUAUGACCUGCGUCAAAGCGCCUCUCCAUUCCACUACAAACCUCGUUCCCUUCAAGACCUUGUUCCUCGAGCUUAUUCUACUGACGGCAGCUGUGGACCAUCGCACGGUGGCCUCCUUUGCGAUCCUGACGCCGCCAACUAUCACGGAACUUGCUGCUCCCAGUACGGAUGGUGUGGUAACACCACUGUUUAUUGUGGGGAUGGCUGCCAAAGUGGAUGUGAUGGCGCUGCCGGUGGUACUGGGGGCGACACUGGAACGUCCACUACGGCUGCAGCGGCGUCAGGUACCCAAGAGCCUGUGCUGGGCUCGCCUUCGAGUGCGCCUGCAAAUGGCGGUGAUACUACUGAUGGUACUUGUGGCGCUGGGAAUGGGAACACCGUUUGUGGUGACUGGCCAAACGUUCUGUGGGAACACAACUGCUCAUUGCGGCAGUGGAUGUCAAAGCGGGCCGUGCUCAGGUCCUGCCGAAGUCCCUGCACCAGGCCCAUCUCCUGCUCCCGCGUCUCCGAAUGCAGGUUUCUUCAAUAUUGUUGGUGAAUCCGGCGUGCCAGCUAUGCAUGCAGGUCUGAUGCCGAACGGGCGAGUGAUUUUCCUUGACAAGGUGGAAAAUUACACUCAGCUUAAGCUUCCUGACGGCCAAUAUGCCUACUCCGCAGAAUAUGACCCUGAAACGAAUAAAGCUGUAGGGCUUCAGUACUACACCAAUGCUUUCUGCUCCGGCGGCGCUUUCCUAGCUGAUGGACGUUGGGUGUCCCUCGGUGGCAAUGCACCUCUCAGUUUCAUUGAUCCCACCGUUGGAGAUGGGUUCACAGCCAUUCGAUAUCUCACGCGCUCUGCGACUGAUGCAAGUUUGAAUGGAGCAAAUUGGGCCGAGCCUGGCAACAAGUUGUCGAGUGCGAGAUGGUAUGCCACAGCACAGACCAUGCCCGAUAGCAGUAUAUUCGUGGCUUCUGGAAGCCUCAAUGGACUUGACCCUACAGUUCCUGCCAACAAUAACCCGACUUACGAGAUUUUGAAUGCCGACGGCUUUUCGAGCGGUGAAAGCAUUCCGUUGGCUAUCUUAGAGAAGAAUCAGCCUUACUACAUGUAUCCGUUUGUCCACCUCUUGAACAAUGGCAACUUGUUCAUCUUCGUCUCUAAGUCUGCUGAGAUCUUUAACGUGGCCGGUAACCAGACUGUCACUAUCCUCCCAGAUCUGGAAGGAGAAUUCCGCACGUAUCCAAACACAGGUGGCAGUGUGCUUCUCCCAUUAUCAAGCUCGAAUGGAUGGGCACCCGAGAUCGUGGUCUGCGGUGGAGGAGCUUAUCAAGAUAUUACAAGUCCAACAGACCCCAGCUGCGGUGUCAUUCAGCCCCUGUCAACCAAUCCUACGUGGGAGAUGGAGUCAAUGCCCGAAGGCCGAGGUAUGGUAGAAGGCACUCUGCUUCCCGACGGAACUGUCGUCUGGGUCAAUGGUUGCGGUCAAGGAGCCCAAGGAUUCGGUCUGGCCACUGACCCAACCCUCGAAGCUCUAAUCUAUGAUCCUUCCAAGCCCGUGGGUUCACGCUUUUCGACCGGUGCCAAGUCCACAAUUGCACGUCUGUAUCACUCUGUGGCUCUUCUCCUGCUCGACGGUACUCUCAUGGUUGCCGGCUCGAACCCAGUCCAACAGCCGGUUCUAACCCCAGUCCCCAACCAAACCCCGUCGGAAGACUACGUGACAGAGUUCCGUGUGGAGAUCUACACGCCUCCCUACUUGCAAAACAAUCCCACCCGCCCAACAGAUAUCAUCCUGUCCUCCACCACCCUUACAGCAGACGGCAGUGAAUUCGCAGUCUCAUUUACAGCGCCUGGCGGGAACACGGCUUGUGCGGUCGUGCUGUAUCAUGGGGGUUAUGUGACGCAUAGCUUGCACAUGAAUCACCGCAUGCUGUUCCUUGACACCACUGGUUACGUGGCUGGUGCGACGGGCCAAAAACUGACCGCUACGAUGCCACCAAAUCGAAAUCUUGCACAGCCAGGGCCGUAUGUGAUCUAUGUGACUUGUGGGGGCGUGCCGGGUUAUGGACAAUUUGUCAUGGUUUCCUGA